AUGAAGCAUUCACUUCGAGAGCACGCCGAAGACGACGACGAGCCGCGAGGACGUAUGGCCGCGUUGGUCUCGUGGCGAGCGAGCGAGCGAGCGAGCGAGCGAGCGCAGAACACAAUUCCUGCUGGCCGAUGGAAAGUUGGCUGGCUCGCGUGUUGCCCGUGCCAUAGGAAUUUCAACGGGGAUAUAAGUAUAAGAACGCGGAGACGGGGAGUCGUUCACGGUAGUGUGAGGCACAAACGCGCCGGCACCACACCCAGAGUGCCCACAACAGUUGCGACAAGAGACACGGCCAUGCGCGUCGCGGUGAUCUUGUUGGCGUGCGUCGCCGCACUCUGCUCGGCACAAUUCCAGGACGGACAAAGGAGCCUACCGAGUCCGAUACGAGCAACCCGUUAUCAGAGAUUACCGCCGCCUCGGCCAAGCAGCGGGCCGCAAUCUUCGAUCUUUCCCAAUCAACGGAUUCGUAGACCGAUCACUUUCAAACCCAGAGGUGCCAGCGACGACGCACCCGGCACUUUCCGGCCGCUUCGGCCGAGCCUGCCGAUAGCACCUCCGUUCGCUCAGCACGUGAAGCCGGUGAACGAGGAACCAGAGGAGGAGGACGUGGCGCGCGAGAGUACGCGCGAACGCGACAACGAUGACUCCCGCGAUCACAGUCAGGAGCCGGAGAGCGAGGAGGAGGUGAGCGAGGAGAACCUGCCGCCGCGUCCUGCGUCGAAUCUCGCGAGGACGCCUCCCGGUGGUUCUCCAGCGCCGGUGUUGUUCCGGCCGGUUCAGUCAGUGACACCGUCCAGCAUCCGAGGAAGCCCCGCGACGCCACCGCCGCCGCCACCCAUCCAGUACCGACCGACGCAGAAGCCGACGAAGGCGCCGCGGAAGCAGGUCGUCGACGACGCGUACAAACAACCGAUCAAGCCGCCGCCCAAGCCGGUGAAACCGUCCCAGGCUUACGAGAUCCGCGGCAAGAAGCCGGUAGCGCAGAUCGUCAGGCGAUAUCGACACGACAACGCGGACGGUUCCAUCACGUGGGGCUUCGAGAACGACGAUGGCUCGUACAAGGAAGAGACGAUCGGCGUGGAUUGCAUAACGAGCGGCAAGUACGGAUACAUUGACCCGGACGGGAUCCGGCGCGAAUACACAUACGAGACCGGGAUCAGGUGCGACGAGGAAGAACGAGAGGAGGAGGAGGACGGUUUCGUGGACUAUCAAGAGAACAAGUUGGUGUUGCCGGACGGCAAAACCAUCGAUCUCUCGUCGAUGGGCAAGAAGCAAGCGCGCCGGCCGCAGUUUCAAUACAGAAAUUAAGAGAGGGCACCCAUUCUCGCAUUCCACACUCGCCAUCGUCGUCCCCGUCGGACUUAGAUUGUAACUCUUGCG